AUAAGUCGCAGGUAAUCUAAGCAAUCCGCAAACAAGAUUAGCAUUAGGUUUCGAAAAACGUAAAAGGAGUUUAUGAAAACGUGGUUUUUUAGUGUAUAAUACUAAUAUUUUGUCUAGUUUGAAAAUAAGAAUAACUCUAAAACCAUGGUGCGAAUGAAUGUUUUAAGUGAUGCUCUCAAGUCGAUCAACAAUGCUGAGAAAAGGGGCAAACGCCAGGUGCUUCUGAGGCCAUGCUCUAAAGUUACUAUUAAAUUCCUCACUGUGAUGAUGAAACAUGGUUAUAUUGGUGAAUUUGAAAUCGUUGACGACCACAGAUCUGGCAAAAUUGUAGUAAAUUUAACUGGCAGAUUAAACAAAUGUGGAGUAAUUUCACCUAGAUUUGAUGUUCCAAUUAAUGACAUUGAAAAAUGGACAAACAAUUUGUUACCUUCCCGUCAAUUUGGGUAUGUAGUCUUAACAACGAGUGGUGGUAUUAUGGAUCAUGAAGAAGCUAGGCGUAAACAUUUGGGAGGCAAAAUAUUAGGAUUCUUCUUUUAAGCUGUAUUAUGUCCUGAAUAAAUCAGAUUUCUACAACAA